GCUAGAAGCAAAACCUUGGAGUAACAUCCAAGCCAAAACCAUCACUUGCACAUCUCUCUCUUUUUAUUCUUUCUCCUGUCCAUUGUCCAUAAGAACACGACGAUCUCUUUCCUUCUUUCUAGUUCCUCAAUCUACUCUCUGCAUCUCAAUCCCAAUGUCGAUCUUCGAGUACAAUGGUAGUGCCCUAAUAGCUAUGGUGGGCAAGAACUGCUUCGCCAUAGCCAGUGAUCGCCGACUCGGUGUCCAGCUCCAAACUAUCGCCACGGAUUUCCAGAGAAUCUACAAAGUCCAUGAUAGGCUCUUCAUCGGUCUUUCUGGCCUAGCUACCGACGCUCAAACACUGUAUCAGAGGUUGGUUUUCCGCCAUAAAUUGUAUCAACUGCGAGAAGAGAGGGACAUGAAGCCUGAGACAUUUGCUAGUCUUGUCUCUGCUCUCCUCUAUGAGAAAAGGUUUGGUCCAUACUUUUGCCAACCUGUAAUUGCUGGAUUGAGUGAUGAAGACAAGCCUUUCAUUUGCACAAUGGAUUCAAUUGGUGCCAAGGAACUUGCAAAAGACUUUGUUGUUGCUGGAACAGCAUCAGAGUCACUUUAUGGUGCCUGUGAAGCAGUUUUCAAGCCUGACAUGGAACCUGAAGAAUUGUUUGAGACUGUAUCUCAAGCAUUGCUAUCAUCAGUAGAUCGGGACUGUUUGAGUGGUUGGGGAGGACACGUCUAUGUUGUUACUCCCACUGAAGUAAAAGAAAGAAUCUUAAAGGGAAGAAUGGAUUGACCUUUUUUCACAAAAGGAUCAAAGAGCUUCUAUCUGAAGAUUAGGCCCCACCAGUUUCCAAUAUUUUCCAACCUAUUGUUCUGUAACUUGGUGAAAGUACUGUUGAUAAGAUUUUCAACUUGUCUCUAUAUUAAGUUAUGGUGCAAAACUGAAUGCAACUUCUAGUUCCGAGUUUAAUUUGCUUGUUAUCUGGUUGGAACGAAGUUAGGCCUCUGAUAAGAUGUCACAGCUAUUAUUCAA